AUGGUGCCAUCCCAGCAGAGUUUCGGUUACGAGCAGGAGGAGUCGACUCCGAUGCCCGUGAUGUGGUACAUGGUGCCAGCCGACCAGGUGCAGCAGAUGCCUUAUCAUCCCGUCCAGGGUCCCAGCGUGAGCUUCGCAGCCGGAGCCGCAGCGACAAUGACCCAGGGCUCCAUGCCGCAGGGGUGGUGGCAGCCACCGAUGCAGAUGCCCCAGAUGCUGCCGUUGCAGCACGUGCAGGCAGCGCAGCAGGUGCAGCCAAUGCUGCCGCUGCCGAUGCAGUCCGCACAGAUGGCAUGCCCGGCUUCGGAGAUUCCGUUGGAGGGGCAGUGCGCCUGGAGCUACGCAGGCACAGCGCCUGAGCAGUGCUGCGCCCCGGCGAGGGCCUCCGCAGGCUCCGUGGCCGAGGUCUCCACG